CAUUACACUACAUGGAGAGAUGUGUGCUUUCAAAUCGCUGAGGGUUUCGUGUUAGACCUAUUUAAUGAAAGUGUCUGGCUUUUAACAUGGAACCAGCAGCACACCAACACCGCGGCUUCCUCUACUGCAGCGCUUCGUAGCUGCACCUCUCAACAGGAGUAACACGUUUUGUGGAUGAUCAACUGCUAAAGAAGGGUGUCAAAAUGAUGACUGAUCUCAUAGUGUUGUGUUUCACGUUGGCCAUCUCCUUGUCCUUCUGGAUCAUAUCGAUAGCCAUCAGCACUUACGCUGGUACAUUGCAGCCUGUAUCUCCAUGGCGAUGGCUGUUCUCAGUUCUGGUCCCGCUUAUUAUCACAUCUCGUGCUUUGAAGAAUAAGAGUCUCGAUUUUGGUGGUUGUUUGGGAGCGUUGCUGGUUGGUUUUAUUCUCACCUUGGCCAACAUGAGCUUCCUGGCAGCUUUGUUUGCAUUCUUCAUCACCUCUAGCAAACUGACACGAUGGAAGGGUGCGGUCAAGAAACACAUCGACUCGGAAUACAAAGAAGGUGGGCAGAGGAACUGGAUACAGGUGUUCUGUAACGGAGGUGUGCCGACAGAACUAGCUUUGCUUUACAUGAUAGAAGUUGGUCCAGGUGAGAUGCCUGUAGAUUUCACGAUGCAGUACUCCGCAUCGUGGAUGUGCUUGUCACUCCUGGGAGCGUUGGCCUGCAGUACGGGUGACACUUGGGCUUCAGAAGUAGGGCCUGUUCUCAGUAAGAGCCAACCCAGGCUCAUUACUACAUGGGCGGAAGUCCCAGCAGGUACCAAUGGAGGAGUGACCAUUGUUGGUCUUUUAGCGAGCUUUCUCGGUGGAGCCACUGUGGGCACGGCUUACUUCAUUUCUCAGCUCCUGCUGGUUAGCGAUCUGCAUAUGGCAGCCCCUCAGUGGCCUAUCGUUGCGUACGGCGCUGUGGCGGGCUUGCUCGGCUCGUUGCUUGACUCUUUGCUGGGCGCAGUCAUGCAAUAUUCAGGCUAUGACGAAAGCACUGGGAAGGUCGUCAACUUUGAGUCGCCAAAAGUGAAGUGGAUAUGUGGGAAACCCAUUUUGGAUAACAAUGGAGUAAACCUUUUCUCCUCAAUCCUCAUAGCUCUGAUCCUGCCAGGAGUUGCAUGGGGCGUCUGGCCCGUGCGCUGAUCCUGUGACAACUGCAGUAGGAUUCGCAACAAAUAUGCUUGCAAGUCAGCUAGAUGUCUCUAGAAUGUACGUGUUUAAUUUGGGAUCCUAUGGACCUGACCUGGAGAUAUAAUGUUUAGAUUAAAAUUCAUCAUUUGGUGUGAUUUACUGUGAAUAUUCAGUGUUGUUACUGUUUUAGUGAUUCUUAUUAAAGAUUUUUUUUUUCAAAAA